AUGCCAUCAUGGGAGUCGCUUUUGAUGACAGGUUACGACCUUCUUCAAAAGUUGGGUGAUGCGCGAUCACAAUCAGACUCGGAUCUGCCAAUCAUAAUAGUCUGCCACAGCUUGGGUGGCAUUAUAGUCAAACAGGCUUUAUGCGUCGCUAACAAACAGUUUAAUCGUUAUGGAUCAAUCGUCAACGCCAUAGCUGGCGUUAUCUUCCUAAGCACUCCGCAUCGCUAUGGCGAUAAGACCACGUGCUUCAUACGAUUUCGAGACAUCUUGGAAACAACCACCGGAAAGAACCUAAAAAUUCCAAAUGAGAAUAUUGAGCAGGAAGGUGCUAUUUUACUCGACCUCGCAGAUAGAUUCGAGGGAAUCUCGUUCCGUACCCCCAUACUAUCCGUUUAUGAGCUGAGAGAAUCGAAAAACAGUUCAACACCAUUGCGCCCAAAGUACCAAUUGGUCAACCGCGAAGCUUGUUCGACCUAUGCGCCAAUGGAAACAGUUAUUGGCCUCAAUCUCAACCACAACGAUACAUGCAUUUUCACCAAGAGCGUUGGCGGUGAAGGCUUGCCCAAGUUCAACAGGUUCGUUUACGAGACUUUAAUCGACGCUGUGCGUCUUGUUGCACUUCGACUCGAGGACCAGGAAUAUCAAUAUGCAACGAUGAGCGCUUACUCGCCGACAAUGAGCGAACUACCACUUCAAGUUGAGCAACUGGAGCUCACCGAAUGGCCAUCGAACAAAGCAACAGAUUGGCCUUCGAACAGAGCAACAGAAGGGACAUCCCUUUCGGGGUUUGAACUAGUAUAUCCUACCAAGCCAAACACAGAGAUUCGGAGAUUCCUUCACCUACCUUGCUUUCUUCUCAAUACGCAAUCGGCAAAUCAAGAUUUUUGUGGCCGUGAAGAUAUCUUGGAGCGUCUUGCGGGCGAGCUCUUGCCUUCGAAGGACAUAGUGACAGGGUCGAGCACCGCUCUACGGCAAUUUGCACUUUGCGGAUUUGGGGGGAUUGGAAAGACGGAAAUAGCCCGCGAAUUCUCCCGACGUCACAGGGCUUCGUUUGAUGCAGUAUUUUGGGUCGUGGCUGAUGAGAUCGCGAAACUUGACCAACAAUACCAACAAAUUUCGCUGACACUAGGACUCGAAGAUCCAUCCGAGUGCAAGAGUCAGGUUGUCAGCAGAGAAAUUGUAAAAGGAUGGCUUUCUAACCCUCGAAAGCAUUUAUUGGCGUCGGAUGAUAUUGUUCAGCCGGGUCAAGCUAGUUCAGAAGCGACCUGGCUGCUCAUAUUCGACAAUGCAGAUGACCCAAUGAUCCUGGCGGACUACUGGCCUCAGGGAACUGGAUCAAUUCUCAUCACUAGCCGCGACCCAUUGGCUAAAAGCAUCUUCACAAGAAGACCUUCAGGCCUGGAUCUCGGCCCACUUUCACAGCAAGACAGCAUGACCCUAUUCAGCCAACUCACCAACAUCUUCAAUGAGCCGGAGGACAACACAGCGCGACAAAUCUCCGAUGCCCUUGGUGGAGUCCCUCUGGCCAUUUCCCAGAUGGCCGGUAUCAUCCGUCGACAAGACCUCACCUUGUCAGAGUUCCUCGAGCUGUACGCAGACCAUGAAGAACAUGCCAAUCUUUAUGAGACAAAGUUUGACACCAAUUUGGUCACAUAUCGUCACUCUCUCUCCACUGUUUGGGCAUUAGAAAAGCUGAAGCCUCAAGCUCGACAGCUAUUGGAGCUAGUUUCAUUUCUUGAUCCAGAUGUCAUUGGAGAAGACUUGUUGAUGGAAGUGUCGGCAAAUUUGUUUUCCGGGGGCGCACAAUUCAAGAAGAGUAGCUACAUUGAGGCCCGAGCUGACCUCUUGCAAUCAUCUCUGGUCCAUCGAGAUAAGACAAAGCAGCAGUUAACGGUCCAUCGCAUUGUGCAAGAUGCAGUCAUUGCAACAAUGGAUGCAACGAAGAAACGGCUCAUAUUCGACCAAGUCGUACGAAUGCUGUGGGCUAACUGGCCAGCGGCUAUGCCCAAGCCAUCAAAGGAGCCAGAGUUACCCCUGCCAAAAUCAACCGGCGGCAGAUUACAUGUUGCAAGGUGGCCUCCUUGUGCAGCCAUUUACCCGCACAUUUUAAGGACACAUCAGCUGUGGUCAGCCAUUACAAAUGUUCCCGAGGCCACCAGUUUACUCUUUGCAAAGCUACUUAAUGAGGCUGCAUGGUACCAAAAAGAGCGAGGACGAACAAGGCAGUUUGAUGGCUUCUUCGAAACCGCUCACAGUAUCUGCGAUGCCUCAACACACGCUGAUCGGGAUUCCCUGCUUGCAGACAUCCAUUUCUGCCUAGGAGCAAUCGCCAUGGAUGCGAGCGACUUCGACACAAGCCGCAUUCAUAAAGAACGUUCUCUCGACCUAGUUUCCAAAAUCUGCAGAGAGCUGGGCGUUGCAGACGAGAGAUUAUACCUCGCCUACGCGGAGCGAGGAAUCUCACGCAUUCAGGAUAGACGAUACGAAGAGGGCGAAGCCGAUCUUAAGGAGGCGCUGCAGAUACGCAAAUGUCUCGGCAACUACAUUCCGCGCUCGGGUGAGGUCAAUCUGAGCUGGGCCCUUCUCGCGCAAGGCAAGUUUGAAGAGUGCAGCACGCUUCUCCUGGAUAGCUUAGCGGGGAGAGAGAAGGCUCUGGGCAAAGAAGAUGGGGAAUCUGUCCGGACUGGUCUGAUUUUUUAUGCACUUGGCAACCUCGGUGCCGCGCAAAAUCAAUGGGACGAGAGUUUUGAUUACCACCAGAGAGCGUGGCGCCACAUGCGCGCGACGGUGGGUGACGGAGAUUUCUACACUGCAAAUGUCGCCCACAAAAUUGCCCAACACUUUCUACGCUUGGGUCGGAGCGAAGAGGCGAUUGCCAUGAUCAAUGAGGCACUAGACAUUUGGUCUGUUGAUCCAAGUGCACACAAGAACGAGAUUGCUCGCACUACUUUCAUGAAGGGCAAAUUGUUCGAGGCGACAGGUAAGACGCAAAAGGCUUCUAUUGCUCUAAGAGUUGCUUGUCGCUUGAGGAAGGAGAUUACCAAGGAUGAUGGUGAUGUGACGAGCUUGACGAUGUGCGACUUUGACAAACUUGUUGCCUUUUGGGCUCGUUGA